GAAAAAACUACAAUGCCGUUCGAAACCGCCCCCUUCGAGAGUUUGACGGCGAGCGAGCUCGAUGCGUUCAAGCAAAAGGACGGGAAGCUGCAUCUCUUUAGCAAUAUUGGGUGCCCCUACGGCCAUCGCGCGUUGUGGACGGCCGUGGAAGUGAACGCGCCUUUUCAUGUCGUGGAGGUGUCGUUAACUGACCCACCCGCAGCAUAUUCCGAAAAGUUCAAUCGCUAUGGCACGGUGCCGUACUUGCUCUCGAACGGCAGUCCCGUGUACGAAUCGGCCAUCAUUGCCCAGUAUUUGGACACGAAGCACGGGGGCGGCGAGUUGUUUCGUCGUAGCAACCCCGAAGAAGCGGCGUUAACUCAAUUGGCCGCCGCCAAAUUCGAAGCCGGGCCGUUGUAUCAACUGCUCCGCAAGUUUUCCGACGAAAAUGUGGCGGAAUUGAAGGAAUCGUUGGCCGAAGUGGAGGCAGUGUACCGCAUCAACGGUGCCGACUACCGUGCAAAAGGGCCAUACUUGCUCGGCAACACCCUCAGCAACGCCGAAAUCCUCACUGCAACCGUGCUCUUCCGAUUUGAGAUUGUGCUCAAGCACUACCAUAACUUUGACCUGCUGUCCGACUUCCCACUGGUUGCCGCUGCCCUCGCUGCCGUCAAGACCCGUCCUGCCUUUCAACAGACAAUUCGCGAACCGCAACUGUACAUUGACAUGUACGCCAAGUUUGUGGCAAAGUAGAUUUCCCCCUUCUCGAUAGUGUAUACUGACGUUUGGCUGAAAGUAAUUCCAACUCCUACACUCAAUGGUUGAUAGUUACUGUAGUACUUACUAUACGUAUAGUAUACAUUGAAAGUGCA